AAAAUUUGGAAAGCCAUGGAUAUAGAUGGCCGAAACACUAAUAACAUGCCUAUACGGGUAGUCACCUUAAUCCUUGUAGUGGUGCACAUGGUCCUUUUUAUUACAGUAACAUCUAAUGGAGUCCCAGAAGAAGAGAGAAUGAUAUAUCAGGUCUUAUACUGGAUUUCUGCUAUAUUAUUUGUAAUAUCCUUUAUCAGAGCCUCAAUUGCUCCACUAAGGAAAAUUCCAGAAGUCAACUCUGCUUCUCAAGAAGAAUUCUGACAAGAGUGAGGUACAUGGAAACCAAGGCGGGCACGACAUUGAGACAUAUGAGAAACAUGAGUUUUAAAAAUGGACCAUCAUUGCCCUUUUCUCGGUACAUGUGUGGGCUAUCAUAAUUUAAAAUUUUUCAUAUUAUUCUGAUUCUAUGGACUCAUUGUAAACUACAUCUACAUCGAUACAGCUAUUCGGUACUUUUUCUCCAAUGAACCAAAGCUAUACUUUCCAGUGCGAAUGUUUUACUGGUUGUUUACUGCAAUGUUUGCAAUCUGUCAGCUAAAUUUCAUAGCUUUCAAUUUCAACUCAAUUCUGAUCCUCUACAAUAACACAACAGCAGCUGAUACUUACGAAGAGAUUGAGCUAAACUAUCCAUGAUUAAAACGAGGGCUUGAGCACUCACAGUACAUCGAAGACUCUCGAAAUAUCUACGACAGGUUGUGGCUGAACAACAUGUGCGACAUCCUUGGUGAGAGCAUGUGGCAGUGGCCACUGCCCAUCUUCCACGAAAUGAUUGGCAAAGGUAUGUACUACCCUUCCAUCCCCGAUUUUGAUAUGAAGGACCUCGACCCUAGCGAUAAUAAACCUACCCAAACUAAUGAAACCAUGGAGAUGAAGGAAGACAUAGCGUCUUGAAACCUCUAUGCGAGCAAGCUGAAGACUAAGUUUAGAGGAAAAAUCAUGGAGUUCAAUGGAGAGCAUUUUGAAAUCCCUAGCGCCAAAGACGAGGAGUAAUGGUUUGUUUAGAGUUAAGUUUGUGUAUAAUUCAAUACUGU